AUGUCUACCACCACCGCCGCCCCCCUAACCCGCGCUCUCCUCUCAUCCAGUCCAUCAGUCUCCCCCGCCCUCCUUCAAAUCGGCAAAAACGCCCCCAAAAGCGUUUCCAAAACCUCUCCCGGCAGGAGGGCCCCUAACACCUUCAAAAAGCCCCUCCCCUUCAAGAAAUCCCUCUACACCCAAAAACCCUGGCAAACGGUCGCACCACCAACCCCCACAUCCUAUUUCCGCAUAACCCUAACGCGGUCCGCAAUUGGUCUCCCCAAGAAAUCCGAGCGCGUCCUAAAGUUCUUGGGUUUACAUAAGAGAACGGCGAGUGUAUAUCAUCCUGUGUGUUCGGAUAUCGCGGGUCAAAUUAUGAGAGUGAAGGAGUUGGUGGAGGUGGAGGAGACGAAGGAGAAGUUGAGUAAGAGACAAGAGACGAAGAAGAGGAGGCCGGAAAGUGGGUUUGUUGUUGAGAGGUAG